CCUAGUCCCACUCAAACCAAAAAAUCAUGAUGAAACACCCUCUACAACCAGCACUCCAAACAUUCAUUUCUCCUCAUAACAACACUAUCACUAUUUUCCAUCAUCAUCAUCAUCAUUUCCAAAUCCUUUCUUCCCUUAAAUUUACCUUCUUUCACAUCUCUUCUUCUUCAUCCAAAUUCUUCUCCAAAACCCUAAAAUCAUGAAACUCCAUUCUUCCAAAAAAUCCUCUGUUUUCCUCUGUUUUUUCCUUUAUUUUUCUCUAUUAUUUCUUCUACCUACAAGUAGUUCAUCAUCUCCAUUACAAACUUCCCGAAUUCCUCUUGAAAUUUUCUCUCUUUUAACCCUAAAAUCAUCCCUAAACGACCCUAACAAUUCCCUUCAAUCAUGGGAUCCUACUUCACUUUUGUCAAACACUUCUCAUGCUUGGUGUUCUUGGUCAGGAAUCAAAUGUGCCCUUAAUUCUUCCCAAAUUAUCUCCCUUGAUCUUUCAUCCCGUAACCUUUCUGGAGAAAUCCCAUCUGAUAUCCGCCAUUUAUUAUCCCUAAAUUACCUUAAUUUGAGCAGAAACUUAUUUGAGGGCAAUUUUCCCACCUCCAUUUUUGAAUUAUCUGAGCUUAGAACUCUUGAUAUUAGUCAUAAUAACUAUAAUUCAACUUUUCCCCAUGGAAUUUCUAAGCUUAAGUUUCUUAGAUACCUUAAUGGUUAUAGUAACAGCUUCAUUGGUUCUUUACCCUUAGACCUUGCCGGAAACCAGUUUCUUGAGUACUUAAACCUUGGUGGAAGUUACUUUUCAGGCAAUAUUCCAGCAGAAUAUGGAACUUUCCCUAGGCUAAAUUUCCUUGAUUUAGCUGGAAAUAUGCUUAAUGGUUCAAUCCCAUCAGAAUUUGGGUCAUUGAUUGAACUUCAGCAUGUUGAAAUGGGGUAUAAUAAUUUUAAUGGGAAUUUACCAAUUGAAUUGGGUAUGUUAUCCAAUCUUCAGUACUUAGACAUCUCAAAUUGUAGCAUGUCUGGGAAUAUACCCAAAGAAAUUGGAAAUUUAACAAGUUUAACUACAUUGUUGUUGUUUAGCAACAAUCUCUCUGGUAUGAUCCCUUCAAGUAUUUCAAACUUGAAAGCAUUACAAAUACUUGAUUUAUCAGUUAAUAGACUUUCUGGGUCGAUUCCUGAAGGAGUUUCUGAGCUUAAAGAGUUAAGCUUUUUAAGUCUUUUAGGAAAUGAGUUAAUUGGGGAAAUUCCUCAAGGUAUUGGUGAUCUUCCCCUGCUUGAAUUUCUACUUCUUUGGGAUAAUUCCCUUAAUGGGUCAUUACCAUCUAGGCUUGGAACCAAUGGGAAGCUUCAGAAACUCGAUGUUUCAUCGAACCGAUUGUCGGGUUUUUUGCCGGAGAAUCUUUGCUCCGGCAACACCUUGGAGAAGCUCAUAUUGUUCAAUAACAGGCUUACUGGUGAGUUACCAAAUUCAGUUGUGAAUUGUUCUUCAUUAGUAAGGGUUAGAAUUGAGGAUAACUUGUUUAAUGGAAGCAUUCCUUUUGGUUUUGGUAAAUUGCCUAAUCUUGUUUUUAUGGAUCUUAGUAAAAAUAACUUUACUGGGAAGAUUCCUAAUGAUCUUGGGAUUGCACCCAAAUUGAUGAAAUUGAAUGUUUCUGAGAAUUUUUUUGCGGGUGGUUUGCCUGAAGGGAUAUGGGGUGCUCCUAGUUUGCAAAUUUUUUCUGCUUCUUUUAGUGGGAUUUCUGGGAAAAUCCCUGAUUUUAAAGGGUGUAAAAGUUUAUACCAAAUUGAGAUGGAAGGUAAUAGUCUAAGUGGUUCAAUACCUUGGGAUAUAGGGCACUGUGAGAAGCUGAUAUCCUUAAAUUUAAGGAAGAAUCUAUUAACAGGAAUUAUCCCUUGGGAAAUUUCUACUUUACCUUCUAUUAAUAUUGUUGAUUUUUCUCAUAAUUUGUUAAGUGGUAGUAUUCCUUCAAAUUUUGAUAAGUGUAGUACUUUGGAGACUUUUAAUGUUUCAUUUAAUCUUUUGACUGGACCAAUACCAUCAUCUGGGUCCAUAUUCCCCAAUUUGCACCCAUCAUCAUUUGUGGGUAAUGAGGGAUUAUGUGGUGAUUUGCUUGGGAAGCCUUGUGGCCCGGGUUCUCCGGUGGUCGGAGAUCGAGAUGUCGAUGAUAAAAAGCCCAAGAAGGCUGCGGGGGCUAUUGUGUGGAUCAUGGCUGCUGCAUUUGGGGUUGGAUUAUUUGUUCUGAUCGCUGGUAGCCGGUGCUUCCAUGCGAAUUAUAGCCGUAGAUUUUCAGAAGGUAAAGAAGUUGGUCCUUGGAAAUUGACUGCCUUUCAACGGUUGAACUUCACUGCGGAUGAUGUGUUGGACUGCUUAGCGAUGAGUGAUAAGAUUAUCGGAAUGGGGGCUACCGGGACAGUUUAUAGGGCGGAGAUGCCAAGUGGCGAGAUCAUAGCCAUUAAGAAGUUGUGGGGGAAGCAAAAGGAGACCUUAAGAAGGCGAAAAGGGGUGCUCGCGGAGGUGGAUGUAUUAGGCAAUGUAAGGCAUAGGAACAUAGUAAGGUUGUUAGGGUGUUGUAAUAACAAGGAUAGCACAUUGUUACUCUAUGAGUACAUGCCUAAUGGGAGCUUAGACGAUUUGUUACAUGGCAAGAACAAAGGCGAAAAUUUGGUCGCAGAUUGGCUUACUAGGUACAAAAUCGCCUUUGGAGUGGCUCAAGGCAUUUGUUACCUACACCACGAUUGUGAUCCUGUCAUUGUUCACCGCGAUCUAAAGCCUAGUAACAUUCUUUUGGAUGCCGAAAUGGAGGCAAGAGUGGCGGACUUUGGGGUGGCUAAACUCAUUCAAAGCGACGAGUCUAUGUCAGUCAUUGCUGGAUCAUAUGGCUACAUAGCACCUGAGUAUGCUUAUACCUUACAAGUGGAUGAAAAGAGCGACAUCUACAGCUACGGUGUAUUACUACUAGAGAUACUGACCGGAAAAAGAUCAGUAGACGCAGAAUUCGGUGAAGGAAAUAGCAUAGUAGAUUGGGUAAGAACCAAAAUAAAAGCCAAAAAUGGAGUUAAUGACAUCUUAGACAAAAAUGCAGGUGCAUCAUGUGCAUCAGUAAGAGAAGAAAUGGUGUUAGUACUCAGAGUUGCUGUACUUUGUACAAGUAGAAAUCCUGCAGACAGACCAUCUAUGAGAGAUGUUAUAUCAAUGUUGCAAGAAGCUAAGCCUAAGAGGAAAUCUCCUACUUCUUUAGGAAGAGGUGAAAGUGGUGAUCAUGUUAUAGAAAUUGGUGGGUGUAAUGAUCAUCAAAAUGGUGGUGGAGAUCUUUUAGGUGAAAAGAAGUAGGGAAAUUAAUCAUAUUAUGUUCAUAGUAGUACUAAUUUUUAUUUUUUUGGGUUUUUUUUUAUUUUUUAUUUUGUGAUGGAAAUUGUGGGGUUGGUAUAGAAUUAGUUUUUAUGAAGUGAUUUUUGAUGGAAAUUUGAAGCAAUGAUUUCAUUUAGUGCAUGCUAAUUUAUAAGAAAAGUAUUGGUUGAUAUUGCCAACAUGUGCAAUUGUGGAGGUGUCAAUAGUGAUAAUUAUAUUAGAGGGAUAAUAGAGUUUCUAAUUAUGAAUUUCAGUCAAGGAUUAUUAAAAAAUUGUAAAAAUGUAGUAUGUGAAUUUAAUGUUUACGUUAAAAUAUUUGUUUGUCUGGCUAUAUAACUUUUAUAUACUUUAUGUUUCCUAAUGUUAUUCUGCUCCUCUCAUUUGAAAUUCUUUUGUAAUGUCGAUA